UCUGUCCUCUGUUCUUCAGCCCCCAUCUUCCUCCAAGGCAAACCCCCUCCCCAAACCAUCCAACUCCCUCGCCCACUCAGUAGUUCCCCCCUAACCUCAGGUGCCUAAAGCACUGUGUGCUCUGUGGUGUUAAGUUUUACUGACCACAGCACAGACACCGUGGAGGCUCCACGACGUGGUGACAUCCAGCAUUAGGAGCUGUCAAUCACAUUCUUCUGAGAAUCUGAGAACCAAGAAAACUCAAAAUCAUCUAGAAGGCUCUCUGCUCAUCUGGAACCAAAGUGGAAACUGAAGGCCACAACAUGGCGUCCCAGAUCCCAGCGCUCCCACAGUCCUACGGUCCAGGGACGGACAGUGUCUUUUCUGUACGGUCUGGCUUUUACGCUCUGGACUCCAAUGUUCCUGGGCUCUCUAAGGUGAUUCUCAACAAGCUCAACAUGAAGGACUACAGAGAAUACAGGGCUGCUCUUGAGGGAGAGGCUAAAGGAAUCGGGUUCCGCAACUAUAAGGAGUUGUUCCAGAAGAUGGAGGAGACCUUCAUGUUCUGCACCAGCUGCAACAAACUCCCAGAGCAUCUCACCGAGGGACAGACCCUGAAACGCUGUGUGAAGUGCUUGAAUGUGUACUACUGCACCAAGGACUGUCAGAAAAAGGACUGGCCUCAGCAUAAAAAGGUCUGCAAGAUGCUGCGUCUGGUGGCCAUUGACAGACUAGUGGAGUGGCUGAUGUUCACUGGAGACCUCCCAUUCCCCACUGAGAAGUGGUCCAAGUCAGCUGCUGAGGUGAAGAACUGGGACGACUGGCUUUCCAUGCAGGGGGACAUCACGCCACGUCUGGACGCCAUCUUGUCUGGUGCCAACAUGGCAACCCUUUGGAAGAACACCAGCAGGCCAAGGCCGGAUGACUCUGACCUGCAACAGUCGUUAUGGCGGAUUCAGAGCGAGUUCCUUUCUCGAGUUCUCACAGUUGGGAUGGCCAUGCAACACUUUGGCCUUGACCCGUACGCAAAACCUCUCACUAUUCACUUAGCAGGGGCAUCCCACAAUGAGACAAUGGGAGCCAGACUGACUGACUAUGAUGAGCUGAACCGUAUGUUCCCUGCACACCAGGGCAUAGAGAUAGUCAUGGUGGGACCAGAGGUGGUAGACAGCCCCAUCAUGAGGCCUCCUCUCAGGGCGUUUGGCCCCAAGCAGAAGGUCUUCAUCAGCACCCACAAGGGUCUCUACCACCAGUUCUGGGAGGAUGUGGUGGAGAAAGAGGAAGCAGCCAAGCCAGAUUUGGUGGUUGGAUUUCAUCCUGGGUUCCACGCUAACCAGGGUCUGAUAGAAGGUUGGCUGCCCACCCUUCUGCUACUCAGAGAUUAUAACAUCCCUUCCUUCUUCACUAUGUACAGUGAGAUGGAGCUCAAGUGCUCACUCCAGAUCCUGUUGGAGUUGGAGAUGCACAUCAGGGACAGUGGACCCAAUCCAUUCACCUCACAGAAACCGGAGCAGGUCCAGUCCUGCCCCAACAAAACUCCAGUCUACUGCAACUCUCAUUACAUCUGUUUCCAGGGACUGCUGCCUCAAGAAGACUUAGAGAAGCCCAGGCCAGACAGUUAAGAGGUCAUCAUAAAGAAAAGCCUGUUUGAGGUGCCACAAGUCCUCCACUUUAAAGAUAUGGUUUUCAAAAUAGGAAUUUGGGACUUCCUGAGGUCCUUGGAGGGCUUCUUGCAGCCUUUUAGAGAUGGACUUUGCUAUGCUGUGCUGCCACUUGGCAGAUUUGGAUGCUGAAGACUGCUGCAGUAGCAAAAGCUCAUUAUAUAGGGUGAUGGCACCUGAGGGCACCAGGGGGGCACAAAGGUUUGUACUCUGCUGUGUGCCCCUGGUUGCUGGAUGUAAAGGGUCAUGGGUGUACAUAUAUAAUGACACCAAAAUGAGUUCAGUCAUCAUUUGACGGUUCCCUGUCAUUUGUUCUACGGCUAGACCUAUUCCCAAAUCUCACAAUAGCUGCAUGAAAUCAGAUCAUAUGCAUACUAAUGCAACACGUGAUCUAAAAUUACACCUAAAUGAAUUAUCUUUUUCAUUUUUGCUUUUCUCAUUUGAAGCUGUUACAGGACUUUAAAUGGUGAGUCUGCGUUCUGGAGUAUGUACCUACCCUAACCUGCCUAUACUCAUAGCUAAGUACAACUUGUGCUUCAGUCACCUGAUCACAAUGGACUUGUCUUAUUUAAUAGACAAUAUAGUAGCUCUUAUGUGCUGAGUGGAGACUCUCCAUAGGCAAUCAUGCCUUUCCCUAUCUCCUAACAUUAAAAAGGCCAAAAAGCCAAACAGCAUUUGUUUGACAGCUGUUUUCAGUUUUAUUCAGGGUCGAUAAAAGUAACACUAUACAGUACAAUGCAAUCCAAAAAACAGCAUGAGCCACAGGCUUAAAAAUUACUAUGAGAGAUGCCAUUGCCUGUUUGCCUAAACAUUAUAUGCCUCACCUAUUGCAGGCCUAUUGUAAGGGAUUGCAUUAUAUUACAAAGCAUGGACAAAUCACAGGAUUUUGCCUCUGUAGCAGCUUUAAAAAUGCCACUCAAUAACUACAAAACUACUCUUAGACCCACUUUCUGCAAACAUUUCAAAUUAUGGUUUGUGUGCCCUCUUUCCUUGUUGAUACAUCCAUGUAUUCCAGCUUCCAGUCAAAAAGAGGAAUGGCUUACUUAGCAGUAAUAACUUGUAACUCUCAUAUAAUAACUUGAUUCAGUCUUAUCACAGUGAUCUCCCCAUGUGCAGUGAAUCAGUUUUAAAUGAAUAACAAAAACAUUUUCACGUUUCCAUCAAAUCUUACUAACCUAAAUGGGGUGUCUGUGUAUGACGAUCCUGCUUCAGAACCAGCUAUCUGUAACAAUGAAAAAAGUGAGUUGCUCUGCUACUUGUUGGAUUAAUGUCUGGAAAUAAAUAAUAAUGCUCAAUCAUGA